GUCUCUCGCCGGAAGUGAGCGAUACGGCUCGUAGGCGCACGCUGCCAGUCCGCGCGGAUAAACUGCAGAUCUGGAUCAAAACCGUAGCCCGAUCAUCCCUGUACCCGGACUCGAUACCCGUUCCGCCCGCUAGCAGUGAUCAAGACCUUCAGCGAUGUCCCGUUUUUUUGCUACUGGAUCCGACAGUGAGUCGGAGGAGUCCUCAUCCGCCGAGGAGAUCACUCCUAAAGCAACCGGAGCUGCUUUCAACAAGCAGAAUCUGUUGCUGAGUGAUGAUGAGGAGGACACUAAAAGAGUGGUACGAAGUGCCAAGGACAAGAGGUUUGAGGAGCUGACAAACCUGAUCAAGACCAUCCGCAAUGCUAUGAAGAUCAGAGACAUGGCGAAAUGUCUGGAAGAGUUUGAACAGUUAUGUCGAGCGUUUUUAAAGAGUAAAGCGAUCGUGGAUAAAGAGGGAGUGCCACAGUUUUACAUCCGCCUUCUUGCUGACCUGGAGGAUUACCUCAACCAGUUAUGGGAGGACAAAGAAGGGAAGAAGAAGAUGAACAAAAACAACGCCAAAGCCCUCAGCACCCUGCGCCAGAAGAUCCGCAAAUACAACCGGGACUUUGAGACAGACAUUGCGAACUACAAGGAGAACCCGGAACAGUCAGCAGAGGAGGAGGAAGAGAAGGAGGAAGCUGAAUCUGGUUCAUCCAUGGAUAGUGAGGACGAUGCUGAAGAAAGUGCCACCGCUAAAAGCUUCAUGAAGAAGAAGCCGGCAGCUGAAGCAGCUCCUGAGGCCAGCAAGUUCCUUAAGGGAGCUGAUGAUGAAUCGGACAGCGGCAGUGACGACGAUGAUGAAAUCUGGGGGUCUGACUCCACAGACAGCGGCAGUGAGAGUGAGGACAACGAAGGAAAUGCUGGCUCUCUGGCUGUGGCCUUCCUCAAAAAAGCUGCGAUGGAUGGAGACAGGAUGGGCGAUCGUAAGAAGGAGGACCGUAAGAAGAGGAGCAAGAAGAAGGAGCGUGCUGAGGAGGAGGCCGAGGAGGAGGCCCUGGAGAUGGAGGGAGGAGAGUGGGAGAAGGUGAAGGGAGGCGUGCCGCUGGUGAAGGAGAAACCGAAGAUGUUCGCCAAGGGCACAGAGAUCAAUACGACUGUGGUGGUGAAGAAGCUGAAUGAGAUCCUGCAGGCUCGAGGAAAGAAAGGAACAGACAGAGCUGCUCAGAUUGAGCUCCUCCACGCUCUGGCAGCAAUUUCAGAGGAGCACAACCUUGGACAAGGCAUCUCUGUGAAGAUCAAGUUCAACAUCAUCGCCUCCCUCUAUGACUACAACCCCAACCUGGCAACAUUCAUGAAGCCGGAUAUGUGGAAGAAGUGUCUGGAUUGCAUUAAUGAGCUGUUGGACAUUCUGUUUGGUAACAACAACAUCUUCAUUGGCGAGAACAUCGCUGAGGACAGUGAGAACCUGGCCGUCUCUGAGCAGCCUUUCCGUGUCCGUGGCUGCAUCCUGACCCUGGUGGAGAGGAUGGAUGAGGAGUUUACCAAGAUCAUGCAGAACACGGACCCUCAUUCACAAGAGUACGUGGAUAACCUGAAGGACGAGGGCUGUGUGUGCAACAUCAUUGACCGGCUGCUGCAGUACCUGGAGAGUAAAGGCAGCACCGAGGAGGUGUGUCGUGUCUACCUGCGCAGGAUCAUGCACACCUACUACAAGUUCGACUACAAGACCCACCGCCGCUCCAUGGGCAUUCAGGGAGAGAGCAAGUCUGAGCAAGACCAAGAAGAGAGCGAGGGAGAGGACAGUGCAGUCAUCAUGGACCGUCUGUGCAAGUUCAUCUACGCCAAGGACCGUACCGACCGCAUCCGUACCUGCGCCAUCCUGUGCCACAUCUACCACCAUGCACUGCACAGCCGUUGGUACCAGGCCCGCGACCUGAUGCUCAUGAGCCACCUGCAGGACAACAUUCAGCACGCUGAUCCUCCAGUGCAGAUCUUGUAUAACAGGACCAUGGUGCAGCUGGGCAUCUGUGCCUUCCGCCAGGGGAUGAUCAAAGACGCCCACAAUGCACUGCUGGACAUCCAGUCGAGUGGCAGAGCCAAGGAGCUGCUGGGUCAGGGCCUGCUAAUGAGGAACAUGCAGGAGAGGAACGCAGAGCAAGAGAAGAUUGAAAAGAGAAGACAGGUGCCUUUCCACAUGCAUAUCAACCUGGAGCUGCUGGAGUGUGUGUACCUGGUUUCAGCCAUGCUGCUGGAGAUCCCCUACAUGGCAGCCCACGAGUUUGAUGCUCGCCGCAGAAUGAUCAGCAAGCAGUUCCAUCACCAGCUGCGAGUGGGCGAGAGACAGCCCCUCCUGGGACCCCCUGAGAGCAUGAGGGAGCAUGUGGUGGCUGCCAGUAAAGCCAUGAAGAUGGGCGACUGGCGCACUUGUCAUUCAUUUAUCAUCAAUGAGAAAAUGAACAGCAAAGUGUGGGACCUGUUCCCUGAGGCCCAGCGGGUCCGUGAAAUGCUCGUCAGGAAGAUUCAGGAGGAGUCUUUGCGCACCUACCUGUUCACCUACAGCAGUGUAUACGACUCCAUCAGCAUGGAGACUUUAUCAGAGAUGUUUCAGCUGGAGUUGCCCACAGUACACAGCAUUAUCAGUAAAAUGAUCAUCAACGAGGAGCUGAUGGCGUCUCUGGACCAGCCCACUCAGACAGUAGUGAUGCACAGAACAGAGCCCACCUCCCUGCAGAACAUGGCGCUCCAGCUGGCUGAGAAGCUGGGCGGCCUAGUGGAGAACAAUGAGCGUGUCUUUGACCUCAAACAGGGCGUCUAUGGAGGAUACUUCAACAGAGAUUCAGACCAGAGGGGCGGUUACCAACAGAGGCAAGGUUACCAACGAGAUUCAGACCAGAGGGGCGGUUACCAACAGAGGCAAGGUUACCAACGAGAUCAGAAAGGCUCCUACCAGCAGAGGCAGGGCGGCUACCAGCGAGGAGGAUACCGGUCCCAGAACCAGGGCUCUUACUAAAACCCAGCCCGGUAGAAGCAGGACCCGCUUUCAUUCCAAGACCAGACUGCCGCUUCCUGAGCUUGACUUCUUCUUCUUUCCAUCUCUAUAAAGUUCUAACAUCUCCUCUGCUUCUCCACUCCACCUCAGCCUGUUUAAUCACACUGUACAGCUUAUUCAUCCAGACCUGCAGACUGUAUUUCUGUUUCAAUAGAUUUGCUUUCCCUCAGUUCACCCUUCUUUACAGUGAGGUUCAGGUCUGUGUGUGAGUUAAUUCAAAAUACUGAGUUAAAGGAUGAAGCAGGAUUUUAGGUAGAAGCUUGGCAGGUUUGUUCUUUGUGUGAUUUAUCUGAUUUAAAACAAUAAAGUUAUUCAAUUUCUGAAA